AUACGGUAUAGUUCAUAUCUCAUUAAUAUAUAAUUGGUUUUCUAGAUUACUAUAUAUACAAUAAAGAUAAUUGGCGAUAAAUUAGUGCCAAUUAAGAUUGAAUACGAUGAAAAUCGCGGCAAGUGUUAUAUUUUUUGUGAUAUGCGCAAUAUUUUAUAUUGACGCUAGUCCAAAUAAACGCAUCAGUGACCUUUUCGAACUAUCUGUAGUACAUUUCAACGAUUUUCAUGCCAGGUUCGAUCCAAUAAAUUUAGGCGGAAAUACUUGCAAAACUGGGGAAGAAUGUAUUGGGGGAUUUUCCAGACUUUACAAGGAAAUUAUGAAUUUACUGAAUGAAAAACCAAAAGCUCUAUUAUUGAAUGGUGGUGACAAUUUUCAAGGAACACUUUGGUAUACAAUAGGCAAAUGGAACGUCACUCAGGAAUUUAUAAACAAAUUACCAAUAGAUGCUGAAGUCCUCGGAAAUCACGAAUUUGAUGAUGGAAUCGAUGGUAUUGUGCCAUAUAUUAAAGCUUUAAAACAUCCCAUAAUUGUUUCAAAUAUCGACGAUAGUUUAGAGCCCAGUAUUCAAGGUACUUACAAGAAAAGUGUUGUCAUUGAAAGAAAUGGCAAAAAAAUUGGUAUUGUAGGAGUUUUAACUGCAGAUUGUGCGAACCUUUCCAGCACUGGAAAACUUGUAUUUCAUGAUGAAUCUGCAAGUGUGAAUGCUGAAGCUGACCGACUUGUAAAAGAAGAAAACGUCUACACUGUUAUAGUUCUAUCUCAUUCUGGAUACGAUGUUGACAAAAAAAUAGCACAAAAUGCAUCCGAAAAAAUAAGUUUGAUUGUUGGAGCACAUUCGCAUUCCUUCUUGUGGACUGGAGAUAAUCCACCUGGGCCAGAUCCAGUCCAAGGACCAUAUCCAACUAUUAUAGAAAGUAAAAAUGGACAUAAUGUUUUGGUAACUCAAGCAUCUUGCUAUACAAAAUUUGUUGGAAAUAUCACUGUAUAUUUAGACGAAUCUGGAGAAGUUGUUGAAUGGUCUGGUGCCCCAAUUUAUUUAGACAGCUCGUCACCACAAGACGAAGAAAUUAAUGAACAGAUGAAACCAUGGAAAGAUAAAGUAGACGGGGAAGGGAAUAGAGUUAUUGGCUCCAGUUUGGUCACUCUAUCCAAAAAACAUUGCUACGUUCGGGAAUGUGCCUUAGGAAACUUUGUAACCGACGCAAUGGUCUAUGAGUACACUAAAUCAGUUCCUGAAGGAUCAUGGACCAAUGUAGCUCUUGCUAUAACAAAUGCCGGCAGUCUCAGGGCAGAUAUAUCUGCGGGAAAUAUUACAUUCAGUGACCUAAUGACAGCACAGCCUUUCGGAAAUACCAUUGACUACGGUAGUAUCCAAGGAAAAUACUUGAAAGAAAUGUUCGAACACGGUGCAAAUGCAGUUUCUUAUACUGGAAGUACCACAGCUUCCCUCAAUCUCCUGCAACAUUCAGGUUUUAUAGUUGAAAUAGAUACAGAUAAACCUGCAGGUCAAAGAGUGGUAUCACUUAAAGUUCGAUGCCAGAAUUGUACUGUACCUGUAUACAACGAUAUUGAGAUGGAAAGAUACUACAAACUAUCUGUAAACUCUUUCUUAGCCUCCGGUGGUGAUGGAUAUAGUAUGAUAGCUGAGAAUAUGAUUAAUAAGCACGUGGGGCGUCAUGACUUUGAUAUUAUGAUGGAAUAUCUAGAUCAUCGAUCUCCAGUUUUCCAAGAAGAAGGAAAAAGAUCGACGGUUUUCAACGAAACAACUUUAUUCCAAAUUUCCAGAUAAAUAUAAAUAACAAAAUUUGUCGCUAAAUAAGCAAAUAAAGUACAAAGAAAAAAUAUAUUUUUGAUUUUUUCU